UGUCCCUAAACGUCAGGCUGCACUGGGUGGGAAUGUCAUCGAGUCCUCUCAGAACUGCCAAAUCCACCGAUUGGUGAUAUUGGGAACUGAUCUGGGUGCUGGAAAAGUUCAUGCAGCCAGUAUUCUGCAGGAAGCCGCGUGAACCACUGACGAGCAGUGACAUGAGUAGAGUCAACGUUCGACAGGCUGCGAUCAGAUCCAGCUCGGGAAUUUUUACCAGAUUUCCUUCGGACCUGCCGGGAUGUCCGGACUGUUCAGCCAUGACAUACAGAGCUUGGAUUCAGAGCGCAUAGCCCCACGACGUAACAGUUCAGCCAGCCCUUGAUGCUACAGACGUCUGUCCGGUUUUUCGUACGGAAGAGGCAGCUUAGCCAGGUCUGUGGCCAAGUCGGAUACUCUGCAAUACCUGCACCACGUGCAGAAUAGCUCAUUGACUGUUGCGCAAAGCUGAGGGUGCCCCAGCUAUUGUCGCUAUGCAGCCUUCAGUCGCCUGAUGGUUACAUCGGACCAGUCUUUCCCCAGAAAACCAGUGAAUCAUGAAGCAGUGGCUGGCGCCACCGCCACCAGCACCGUUCAUUGGCGGGGUCGCCUUGCUCGAACGGGAUCCUACCCCGGCGUCUUAUUCCUCUGCUUUCCGAGCGAAGAACCACCGUGACUUUGUUGUGGCUUCCGCAGGGGUUGGAGUGUGCCCAGGUAUAACUCUAGCAGGUUAUCCUAUCAGGAGAUCGCUGCCUACUUACUUAGACGAGACGGCGAUGAUGAUUUCCACAAGGCACGUGCAGCAGCGGUACAUUCAUUCUAUCAGAAGAGAGUAGAGGUAGUGGUGUGACUGAGGUGAAAAGCAAAGAAGAUUGAACCGAAUAGGAUUAUCUAGAAAGUGAGAGAGAGAGAAGAAGAAGAAGAAGAAGAAGAAGAAGAAGAAGAAGCAGCAGC